UUAGAUAGCAAAAAUAAAAAAAUGAGUGUUGGGAGCUCAAGAUUUGUGUUAAUUCUUCUAUUAUCAUCCUUGCUCCUCCUCUUCAAUUUUGGGAAGAGCCAACAACAGCUUAUAGUAAAUUACUACAACCAAAGUUGCCCAAAUGCUGAAGACAUAAUCAAGCAACAAGUUUUCAGCUUAUACCAGAAACAUGGCAACACUGCCAUCUCUUGGAUCAGAAAUCUCUUCCAUGAUUGCAUGGUCAAGUCGUGCGAUGCAUCUCUUUUGUUAGAGAUGAAGACAAAAGAGGGUAAAAUUGUAUCAGAGAAGGCAUCUCCGAGGAGUUUUGGGAUGAGGAAUUUCAAAUAUGUAAACAAAAUCAAACAAGUCCUUGAAAAUGUAUGCCCCAACACUGUUUCAUGUGCAGAUGUCAUGGCUCUGGCUGCAAGAGAUGCCAUUUUCUUGUUAGGGGGAGGAGAGAUUGAAAUGAAAACAGGGAGAAGAGACAGCAAGGAAAGUUACGAGGCAGUGGUGGAACAGUUUAUCCCAAAUCACAAUGACUCUCUUUCUUUGGUUCUCUCUCGCUUUCAAGACAUUGGCAUUGAUCCUCAGGCUACCGUUGCUCUUUUAGGAGCUCACUCCGUGGGUCGGGUGCACUGCGUAAAUAUAGUGAACCGGUUGUACCCGACCGUGGACCCGACUCUAGAUCCGGAGCAUGCGGAGUAUCUGAAAAGACGGUGCCCGACCCAAAACCCAGACCCGAAGGCAGUCCAGUACGCGAGGAACGAUCUUGAAAGCCCAAUGGUUCUGGACAACAACUACUACAAAAACGUAUUGGGCCACAAGGCCCUUCUGCUGGUGGACCAGCAAUUGGGCUCGAGCCCAAUUACUCUCCCUUAUGUCCAAAACAUGGCGUCCAAUAACAGCUACUUCCUCGACCAAUUUGCAAGGGCCGUUCUGUUGUUGUCGGAGAAUAGCCCUCUUGGUGAUGACCAAGGAGAGAUUAGAAAAGAUUGUCGACAUGUUAAUUAAAAACAAUAACAUGUAAAAGAAAUUAUGAGAGAGAGAUGUAUACAAUAAGAUCUCGAUAUCCCUUUUAUAUUGUCAAAAACUAUGCACUAACCCGAAUUUAAUUGGUAAUAAUUGGCAUACCUCUAUUUGAUCAAGAGGUUAUGAGUUCGAACUGA